AUGGACAACCCAAUAGCUGAAAAUGUCCUAGGCACUCUCGGCGCAGUGUGCUGGUCCAUCCAGCUUCUACCCCAAAUCGUCAUAAAUUACAAAAGACACAACACAGAAGGCCUACAAGGCUCAAUGAUGCUGCUAUGGGCGGUUGCCGGUGUCCCCCUUGGCGUCUACAAUAUCGUGGAAGAAUUCAAUGUGGCGCUCCGCAUACAGCCGCAGAUACUUACAACGCUGAGUCUACUGACUUGGGCUCAGUGUUUGUAUUAUGGAAAGGGGUUCUCAAUCAAAAAAUGCAUUGCUGCGGUCGUCCCGCUUCUGCUUUUCUUAGGCGGCGUUGAAACAGGACUGAUCUUUGCAUUGAAAAAGGCUAAAUCUCGUGGUCUGGAAUGGCCACUCAUAUUGAUGGCUGUUUUAAGUGCAGCUUUACUCGCGGCUGGAGUCCUACGGCAUUAUUGGGACAUUUAUGUUCACCGGACUGUGCGAGGAAUCAGUUUCUUCUUUGUUGGAAUCGAUGCUGCGGGUGAUCUAUUCUCUCUUGUUUCUGUCGUGUUUGGCCCGGCUCUAGAUGCACUUGGUAUGAUUAUCUACGGAACAGAGCUGGUCCUCUGGUUGGGGAUUUUCGUUUGCGGCGGGGUUUUCAAUUUCCUGCCUUGGCUCCGGGAUCACUCUAGGAAGUCUGAGGUUCCACCGGAACCGGUGACAUUGCACCCGAUGCCUUCGUCUACUUCUGUAUUUCGAACUGUAUCUGGGACUGUGGUGGAACGGAGGGGGCGACCACGGUCGGCUGAAGCUGAGAACUGA